AUGUCGAGCUUCACAACCAUGCGCACAGCUCUACGAGCUCGGUCGGGAGCUCCUCUCAUGUCACCCACGAACCGUUUAGUCACAAGCAAACAGAUCCAUCAAUCAUCAGCGCUACGCAUGCCUUAUAAAGAUGACAUGGACCGCGAAUCCCUCAAGCCUAAGGCGCACGAGUACACGACGGGCGGUACCGACGGGGAGAUCGCUUCUAAGCAGGACGCCGCAUACAACCCGAACAAGACAUCCCGAAACCGAAGUAAAAGCUGCGGGCGCUGA